GAAUUGAAGAAUUUUUAUUUAAGGGAAGUAACAGAAAGAGAAGGAAAAUGCCGAAACCAAUCAAUGUGAGAGUAACCACAAUGGAUGCUGAGCUGGAAUUUGCCAUUCAGCCCAAUACGACGGGCAAACAACUUUUUGACCAGGUGGUGAAAACAGUUGGUUUGCGUGAGGUCUGGUUUUUUGGGCUGCAGUAUGUAGACAGCAAAGGUUAUUCUACAUGGCUUAAACUGAAUAAAAAGGUAACACAACAAGAUGUUAAAAAAGAGAAUCCUUUGCAAUUCAAGUUUAGAGCUAAAUUCUUUCCUGAAGAUGUUUCUGAAGAAUUAAUCCAAGAAAUAACGCAGAGACUUUUCUUCUUGCAAGUUAAAGAAGCCAUCUUGAAUGAUGAGAUAUAUUGCCCACCAGAAACUGCCGUUCUUUUGGCUUCCUAUGCUGUCCAAGCCAAAUAUGGAGAUUACAAUAAGGAGAUUCACAAAUCAGGUUACCUGGCUAAUGACAGACUCCUACCCCAGCGUGUUUUGGAACAACACAAAUUGACAAAAGAACAGUGGGAAGAAAGAAUACAAAACUGGCAUGAAGAACAUAGAGGGAUGCUAAGGGAAGAUUCAAUGAUGGAAUACUUGAAGAUUGCACAAGAUCUAGAAAUGUACGGCGUCAACUAUUUUGAAAUAAAGAAUAAAAAGGGUACUGAAUUAUGGCUAGGUGUUGAUGCUUUGGGUCUGAAUAUUUAUGAGCAUGAUGACAAGUUAACACCUAAAAUUGGUUUUCCAUGGAGUGAGAUCCGCAAUAUUUCAUUUAAUGACAAAAAGUUUGUUAUAAAGCCAAUUGAUAAAAAGGCACCUGAUUUUGUUUUUUAUGCACCUCGCCUGAGAAUCAAUAAGCGGAUUUUGGCCUUGUGUAUGGGAAACCAUGAACUAUACAUGCGAAGAAGGAAGCCUGAUACUAUUGAAGUACAGCAGAUGAAGGCUCAGGCUAGGGAGGAGAAACAUCAAAAACAGUUGGAAAGGGCACAAUUAGAAAAUGAAAAGAAAAAGAGAGAAAUAGCAGAAAAGGAAAAAGAAAGAAUAGAACGUGAAAAGGAUGAACUAAUGGAGCGCUUGAGGCAAAUUGAAGAGCAGACGAUGAAAGCCCAAAAAGAACUAGAAGAACAGACCCGAAAAGCUCUAGAACUGGAUCAGGAACGAAAGCGAGCAAAAGAAGAAGCAGAACGGCUAGAAAAGGAGCGUCGGGCUGCUGAAGAGGCCAAAUCUGCUAUAGCAAAACAAGCUGCUGACCAAAUGAAGAACCAGGAACAGCUUGCAGCAGAACUUGCUGAAUUUACUGCCAAGAUUGCACUUCUAGAAGAAGCCAAGAAGAAAAAGGAAGAAGAAGCUACUGAGUGGCAACACAAAGCUUUUGCAGCCCAGGAAGACUUGGAAAAGACCAAAGAAGAGUUGAAAACUGUGAUGUCUGCCCCCCCUCCACCUCCACCACCACCAGUCGUACCUCCAACAGAAAACGAACAUGAUGAGCAUGACGAGAAUAAUGCGGAGGCCAGUGCUGAGUUAUCCAGUGAAGGAGUGAUGAACCACAGGAGUGAGGAAGAGCGUGUGACAGAGACCCAGAAGAACGAGCGCGUGAAGAAGCAGCUUCAGGCAUUAAGUUCAGAAUUAGCCCAAGCCAGAGAUGAAACCAAGAAAACACAAAAUGAUGUUCUUCAUGCUGAGAACGUUAAAGCAGGCCGUGAUAAGUACAAGACACUUCGACAGAUUCGACAAGGCAACACAAAGCAACGUAUUGAUGAGUUUGAAGCAAUGUGAGAGCUGUUAAUUUUGCAUACAUGUCCUUCAUAAGCUGAACCACCAACAGAGAAAAGCAGGCCUUUGCAGAUGUGAUGGAAUGCAUCCCACCUUGCCAAAGCACUUUUAUACCAGUUUGACUAUGGUGGCUAAAAGGAAAUUUAAGGGGAGCUCUUCAAUAUUAAGGCAGUGCGAUAUCAUACUUGGUUUUCUUUUCCUUUUGGGUCAGAAUGGAGAAUGGUGUUCCAUCACCUCCUUUCACAUUUUUCAGUUUUCAUUUUAUUUUCUGUUGAAGAUUAACACUAAUGAUCAUGUCUGACAAAUGUGUAUGUGUGGGUUGAGCAACUUUGUACAUUUUAAAGGAUAAUGGUGAACAUCUCAAUGAGAACUGUUUUCCCUUGCCCUUUUCAUGUUUUACCUGCAUGUGUUUCCACAUCCUCUCACUCACAUUAUCAGUGUGCCCUCCAUGCCAACAGCCAUAAAUUGUGCUGUCACACAGAUGACUGGCAGUGUUGAAGAUGAUGGUAGGUAGCAGUCAACAAUCGUUAUGUAGAAGGUGACUUCAUUAUGAAAAGGAUUAGCAUAUUUAAUAGUACUGUGUGCAGCUGGGGGUUAUUUUUUUUCUUAAUCCCAGUUUAAUUACAUUGGAUAUUUGCUAUUUGUUUACUUAAUUAUAGUCAUCUUUACAGAUAAAGUGAUUAGUAUUUUAUUUCCUAUUAUCAAUCCUUUGGUGAUUUUCUUUGCCUGCCGCUUCAGAGGUGCAGACAUCAGGUAGUUCCUGCGAGAGUUGAUUAGUGAAACACUGCCUGAAAAUGUUGUCUCUGACUCAGAGACUUGCUUUUUCAAUAAGCUGAUUUGAAAAACAUGUCUAAUAAAAGAAAAUAUAUAUUUGUUGGUAACUGGUUUCAAUUAUUAAACAAACAAACAUGGACCUUUCUGGAAGGGCAGCAUAUGAAAACAUCAGUCCCAAGAAAGGGACAGUAAAUACUACCUCACUACAACCCGUGCGGGGACUGGUUAUUCAAACACAAUGGUGUGUGUAAGCUAUAUGUUUUAUAAUACAAACAGUGUGAAUCAUGAAGGAAUAUUUAGGAGAUUUCAUUUUCCUUCAGAAUAUCUGAGUGCUAAUUUUUUAACUGCCUUUUUGUUGAGUUGAUUGUGGGCUCUGAUUUGUAUUAAAUGAUAAAUUUUCACUGGUAUACUAUUUUUCGGGGAGGGGGGAGUGUUCUGUGAGAGAGAGAGAGAGCGUAUGUGUGCGCGCGCGCGUGUGCGUGUGUGCGAGUGUGUGUGUGUGUGUGUGUGUGUGUAAGGAAUAUUACUUUAUAGCCUAAGAAUGUCUAUCUUCAUUUCUUGAUUUGGUAAUUACAUAAUCAUUUGAGUAUAUUUGUUUCUUAAUAACUUCAUUUCCUUUCAAUCUAAGUAAAAAACUUAAAUUUGGUUUGUUAAUCCUGUUUUAGAAAUUAUAAUUUUAGGUUUUAUUUAAAUUAUAUCUUACUGAAAUCUUUCCUGUUAGAAAGAUUUUCUAAUAUUUUUAUUGUGAAACACCUGGAUUUGAAGAUACAGAAUGCCUUGUUUUCUCUGUGUGGUUCAGCUACUUUCCAUUUGGUAAUGUGCAGUCAAAUUUACAUUCUCUAUUAAAAUGCCAUUUUAUUAAACAUUUUCAUACACAGUAGACUCAAAUUGUGUCUGAAAAUACCUUUUACGCUUUUUUUGAUUUUGCUGACUUAAUGGAUUAAUCUGGGCAAACAUGAAGAGGAAAUGUUUUGUUUAAUAUAUUUCUGAAGUCUCCAGGACAAAAGAUAACUGGUUCAUCUUGGAGUAGCUGCUGUGUGGUGAUUGUGUACACGCUUCAAACACUCUGGUAGACCUUACCAUUCUUGCUCUGAAAUAUAAAUGUUUGCUUUUCCCAGGCAUUAAAGCAAUUUUCAAAAUUGGUAAAACCUCAACUCCACUCAUUUGAAUUGUGUGCACAACCAUUGUUACAGAUUUUUUCAGUGUUAAAAUAGUACCAAUUUUAUUUGCUAUUCAUAAUCUAUUAGUAGAUUAGGAUUAAAAUGGAUUCAAUCCAUUUUUGAAGCAGUGUGAAUUUUCUAAAUAGGAACAGCCAUUACAGUAGGGGUUUUCAUCCUGAUUAAACCAGUUACAACUUUUCUCGUUAGCAGUCAAGAACAUAUGUUCAUAUAGCAAUGUUAAAAUCCACUAAUGAUUAUCAUAUAAUGUAAAAAAUCCACUAAUGAAUAUCUGAUGAAUUCCAGUAGGCUCUUUAGCAUAAUUUUGUGUUGUACAAUAAAAUUACAGUUACAGCUCUAAUUUUGGAUAAUAUUCACUGGUUAACAAUAAAGUGACAAAAGCUCAUGC